AUGAAAAAAGAAGAAAGUGUGCCAGAGGGAAAAGUAAUCGUUGUUGGAAGCGCAGGCGUUGGAAAGACAAGUCUGAUUACGAUGUACACAACUCAACAAUUUUUUGAAAAUUGCUCAAGUACGAUCGCUGCAACUUAUAUUCAAAUGCGUGUUGCAACUUGCUUAGGCGAAGUUGCAUUAAAUUUAUGGGAUACUGCAGGCCAGGAGAGGUUCAAAAGCCUUAUUCCAAUGUAUUCUAGAAAUUCUGCCGCGGCAAUUGUUGUAACGGAUUUGACUAAUCACGACUCAUUGGUCCAAGGUGAGGAGUGGUACAAUAUGGUUAGGGAAAAUUGUCCAGAAACGUGCAAAAUUUAUUUGGUUGCAAAUAAAUGCGAUUUGCCACCUACUUAUAAUGAGAGUGAGUUUCUUGAUUGGGCAAAAUCCAAAUCUCUUCCGUACUUCAUAACAUCAGCAAAACAGCAUGGAACUGUUGAUCCUCUUUUUCAAAAAAUUGCCGAAGAUUUAUUUAAAACUCCUCCACCAGCUGCAGUGGAUAGCAAGCCAGUAGAAAAGAAAUCAGAUCACCGUUGCUGUCUUCUUAUUUAA